CUUCUAUAAGAAUAUUCAAAACUUGUUUUGUGUGCGUUUAAUAUUAAAAUAAAAUUUUAAAACAUGGAAUGCGUUAUUCUUUUACCACUUUUGUUUAAUAAAAGUUUCGCGAAUUUUUAUUAUUGGCACGUACGAGUACUCGUACAGUAGUUACUGAGUAGCCUAGAACUACUGUUAUACCGAUGGAGUAGUACAGCGCAAUAGAAAGAGAUGGUGGCAGCACGGCACAGCAAUGUGCACUGGCAUCCGUAUUGAUUAUCGCAGAUGGAGACAAAGUCAGCGGGAAAAUCAAUAUCACAUUUCGCCGGCGCUCUCACUAUUUUCGACGUGAAAUUUUCCUCGCUCGACUCUCGUACGAUUUCCCAGUUAUUCAGAAUAGUGUACAGAUUUACGUGUCGUUUUGUGAGCAAGUAUUCGUACCGUCGUCGGACUGCGAUGUAGUCCCGUUAGUGCGCAUAUCUCCCAUCGUUUCUUCGUCGCUCGCAAGGUGGGAUUUUAUUUGCCGCUUCUACAGUAUCCGCAAUUCGACUGGCUCGUUCCUGAUUAGAGCAACGACAGAUUUGCUUCUACAACAAUAUUUCAACGGUGGAUAUAACAUCUGGCAAAGAUUAUCUGGCAGAGAUAUAAAAAAUAAAACAAACAGUGGACGAAGAAUUCUGUCUUGUUGCCAAUAUAAAAUCUGAAUAUAUCCUGCGAUAUAUCAACACUUGGUGACUCAUCCAUUGCGACACCUUUUUCCAUCAGCUGAUCGAUGCAACGGAAGGAAGAAGAAACUACUAUACGGCAUUGAACAAGUCUUGAAUGUUGCGCAUAAACCUAACAGGCGCAUAAAUCAAACGAGGUGUAUAGAUUGCCGAUCGAUUAUUAACGACAAACUCGUUAUUUUAAUAGCGAGUAAGGUAUUUAAUUGCGACGAACUCUCAAGUCGAUCUACAGUAGAAGAUUAUUGCUAAAAAGAAGGUCAAAGUCUAUGCAAAUUGAAAGUAAACAACUGUCGAAGGAAGGAUAGCCUACAAUCUUUGGAAUCGAUUAAGAUAGUAACGAUAGAGGACGAUAUCGUCUUCUAUGCGGCAAGAAUCCCUGACUGGUCUGAAACUGCGGCCGCCGGGCGAUCACGGUGGUGUACAUCACGGCGGGGUCAUGCUGGAGGAAGACAUGGCUGGUGCUCAGGACACAAUAUACCUGUGCAAUUUUCGUGUGUCGGUAGAUGGCGAAUGGCUCUGUUUGAAAGAGCUACAGGAUGUCGAGUUCUCGCUCCAAGAGUCGAUGCAGCGGUCACCAUCGCCGCCGCUCGCUCUUGCACGGGAUCCGGUGAUCAUCGAGAGGAGUAACCUCGUUAACAUUUCAAAACUAAUCGUCAAGGAGCUGAUCGAAACAUCCUUAAAAUAUGGUCGCAUGCUCGAUUCUGAUCACAUGCCAUUGCAACACUUUUUCAUCGUCCUUGAACACGUGCUUAGGCACGGUUUACGGCCGAAGAAGGGUCUUCUCGGACCCAAGAAGGAGCUGUGGGAUAUUCUUCAGCUCGUAGAGAAAUAUUGUUCUGAAGCGCAAGAUAUUACAUCCAGCAUUCGUGAUUUACCUACUGUUAGGACGGCUAUGGGUAGGGCGCGUGCUUGGCUGCGUAUGGCAUUGAUGCAAAAAAAGUUAGCGGAUUAUCUGAAAGUUCUGAUUGAUCACAAGGAUGAUAUCUUGUCCGAAUAUUUCGAACCAGAUGCUCUGAUGAUGAGCGAGGAAGCAAUCGUAGUAAUGGGUUUGUUAGUCGGCUUAAAUGUGAUCGAUUGCAACUUCUGCGUAAAGGAAGAAGACCUCGAUUGUCAGCAAGGAGUAAUUGAUUUUUCAUUGUAUCUGCGCAACAGUAAUCAUAUACCUGGCGAAUCACCAGACGAUGAACUCGAAAACGACAAUAUGACUACGGUGCUUGAUCAAAAGAAUUACAUCGAGGAGCUCAAUCGGCACUUAAAUGCGACGGUAACGAAUCUCCAAGCUAAAGUAGAAUCUCUGACGACAACGAAUGCUCUUAUGAAAGAAGAUCUCGCUAUUGCCAAAAACAAUAUUUUAUCAUUUCAAGAUGAAAACAGGCAGCUGAAAAAGGAACUUGGAAUAGAAGUUAAAGAUGCAAAUGAGAACGGAAAAGUACCUCUUAAAAUAACAGAGACCACCGUGGAAAUGGAAGAGCUUAGAAGUAGAAUAGAAUCUGAAAAAAAAUAUCGGCACGAUCUAGAGAAAGAACUGGAAUUACAGAUUAGCAUGAAAUCCGAAAUGGAAGUAGCUACGAAGUUGUUAGAGAAGGAUAUACAUGAAAAGCAAGACACUAUAAUAUCUUUGAGACGACAACUGGAGGAUAUCAAAUUAAUCAACUUGGAAAUGUACAAAAAGCUGCAGGAAUGCGAAAGCUCGCUUAAGCAUAAAACAGAACUGAUCACAAAGCUGGAAGCUAAAACACUGUCGAUGACUGAGACCAUCCAGAAAAUGGAUGAGAAGUGCAAAGAGAUGGAUGGUGUCAGAUCGGGGGCGGAGGAGAGAGUGAGAAUCCUGGGCGCCGAGGCCGCGGAACGGGAAGCGCGGACGAAUGGGGUCGAGAGGGAAUUGCGACUCGAGCGCGAAUGGAGAACCUCCUUGCAGGAAACAUCGAUCUGUAACACGGAGAAGAUCUCUCAAUUACAUCAAGAGAUCGAUCAGCUGAAACGGGUGUCCGAGAGAUACUUGACACUGCAGGAGGAAUAUUAUGCGCUGAAGGAGGUGUGCAGCGAACAGGAACGAACUCUGGAGGAACUUGGGGGACAAUUGAGCGCGGCCAAAUUAGCGGCGGCCGAACUGCGCGAGGCCGCUGACAACGCUCAGCAGCAGCAGCAAUCGGCGCUGCAAGAGGGCUCGGUAACCUGGGCGAACGAUCGGCUGGUCACCCAAUGCAAAGGGUGUAACCGUGAGUUCAACGUGACUCGUCGCAAGCAUCAUUGUCGCAAUUGUGGAAACAUUUUCUGUAACGCCUGCAGUGACAAUACUGCAGCUUUAUCGAACUCAGCAAAACCGGUGCGCGUUUGUGACGAAUGUUACGUAUUUCUGGUUAGCCGUUACUCAGUGGUGCGUUAAUAUUCCGCGUGUUAUUGUUUUUUUUCAUAAGCAAAAUGUAUAACGGAGAAUUUAAUAUGACCCAGUCA